UAGAGGAGAUGGUAGCAACAGUUGCCUCGAGACCCUCGCACGCCAUAGUGACUGUAGUCGUGGAGACAGUUACUUACCAACGGGAGCGACACGCAGCAACAGCAGCCGCCGCCGCGACGCGAGAGAGGAGCUGCAGCGAAGCCACACGCGCACACGGCGAAGUAUGCAGAAUUCAGAAGGUGGAUCCGAUGCAGCAGCAACUGUGGCCCUAAGGACUUCCACGUCUGCUCAAGCCCCAGUUGUUCAGCCUGUACCAGCCACUCAACAGUGGGCUGUGCUGCAGACAAUAGGCUCCAACAAGAAGGGAGGACAGGUUGAAGUGCUUUCUGUACCCAGCAUGCAACAGGUCCCCCAGCAGGUUCAGCAAGUCCAACAUGUGUACCCGUCACAGGUCCAGUAUGUUGAAGGUGGCGAGGCAGUCUACACCAAUGGAACUAUCCGUACAGCUUACACCUACACCCCAGACACCCAGCUUUAUGGACAGAGCAGUGGCGCCCCUUACUUUGAUACACAGGCUAGCAGUGGUCAGGUGACAACAGUAGUCUCGUCAGCAAGCGGCGUUCAACCACACGGCAUGGUAGGCAUCACCAUGGAUGUGGGAGGCAGCCAAAUCAUCUCAAGCACCGGCACCUACCUCAUUCAUGGGAAUAGUAUGGAUGGGAACCGACACCAUGCAUCUCACACGUCACGUUCUUCAUCAGCUAUGCUUGAAAUGGCGAUUGAAAAUCUCCAAAAGUCUGAAGGGAUUGCCUCUCACAAGAGUAGCCUGCUCAACAGCCAUUUGCAGUGGCUACUGGACAACUAUGAGACAGCUGAAGGCGUUAGCCUGCCUCGCAGCUCCCUCUACAAUCACUACUUGCGGCACUGCCAGGAGCAGAAACUGGACCCUGUUAAUGCUGCUUCUUUUGGCAAGCUUAUACGUUCAGUGUUCAUGGGGCUGAGGACGAGACGACUUGGCACCAGAGGCAAUUCAAAAUACCAUUAUUAUGGUAUUCGCCUGAAACCAGACUCUCCACUGAAUCGACUGCAAGAAGAUUCUCAGUACAUGGCAAUGAGACAGCAGCCUGUCCACCAGAAGCAGAGGUUUAAACCACUUCAGAAGGUGGAUGGAAUGGGAGAUGGGCUGUCUAAUAGUGCACAGCACCCUGCAGCUACCCCAGAGCAGUCAGUUGCAGCCCAAAGUCAGCAUCACCAGCAGUUUAUUGAUAUGUCGCAUACUUUGCCCGACUUUCCAACCCCUGCACUAAACACAUCUCCUCUGCCAGAUGGCAUCACAAUGAAUGAUGUGAAGAAGUUGCAGAUCUUCUACAGGGAGCACUGUGAGGCCACACUAGAUGUUGUCAUGAAUCUCCAGUUCCACUAUAUUGAGAAGCUGUGGCAGACGUUUUGGUACUCAACGGGACCAUCUAAUGAGGGAGCUACUCAGGUGCCACCAAGUGACGAGGAGACCGACAGCAUGAUUCCCAGAGAGAAGCUGAUCUCCUUGUGCAAGUAUGAACCUAUUAAGGUGUGGAUGCGAAACUGUGACCACAUCCUGUACCAGGCUUUGGUGGAGAUUCUCAUUCCAGAUGUCUUAAGGCCUGUACCAAGUGCCCUCACACAGGCAAUUAGAAACUUUGCAAAGAGUCUGGAAGGGUGGCUGACCGGGGCAAUGAGUGACUACCCACAGGAGAUUGUUCGCACAAAGGCAGCAGUAGUAAGUGCAUUUGCUCAAACACUUCGGCGCUACACAUCUCUGAACCAUCUUGCACAGGCUGCUCGAGCUGUGUUACAGAACACUUCACAGAUCAAUCAGAUGCUCAGUGACCUCAAUCGUGUAGACUUUGCAAAUGUGCAGGAACAAGCAUCAUGGGUGUGUCAGUGUGAGGAGGGCAUGGUCCAGCGCCUUGAACAAGAUUUCAAAGUGACUCUGCAGCAACAGAGCUCUCUGGACCAGUGGGCUGCCUGGCUGGACAAUGUAGUCAGCAAGGUGCUCAAACCACAUGAGGGUAGUCCUAGUUUUCCCAAGGCUGCGCGUCAAUUCCUACUAAAGUGGUCUUUCUACAGCUCCAUGGUGAUUCGAGACCUGACACUACGUAGUGCUGCCAGCUUUGGCUCCUUCCAUUUGAUCCGCUUGCUGUAUGACGAGUACAUGUUCUACUUGGUGGAGCAUCGUGUGGCACAGGCAACUGGAGAGACACCCAUUGCCGUAAUGGGAGAGUUCAGUGACCUCAACUCUGUGAUGCCUAUGCUUAUGGAUAAAGAUCCCUCCCACUUUUCGGAUGACAUGAGUGACAUUGGAAGUGAUGGUGACAGCAGUUCCCGGGGUGCUUGUGAGCCACCAGUGAAGCGUGAGCGCAUUGAGUUGAACCAUUCGCUACAAGAGAUUUGAGGGUGGGGGUUGCUGUGCAGGUUGGACAUCUAACUGGCCUCUCAUGCAGACUCGCACCAUGUCACCCCUGAUCCGCCCUCUAAUCUUCACUCUGCUAUCAUAUGAUGAUUUCAGGCUGCCUUGAUAUGAGGUGCAGGUGGGCAGUGGUGUAGUGCAGGCAGGAAGUAGCUUGCCGGCCGUCGUCUUUUUUUUUUUUUUUUUAAAUUUCUAAGGAUACACUGUACAUAUUGACGGCCGCUGAGUGGAUGAUGUUAUGAAAAUUCCAACUUUGGGAAUUGGGUUACUUUUUGUUGAAUGAAGUAAAAGAAUGUGAAUCUGCAAGUUGAUUGCUGUUAUACUGUAUGCUAGUGUAGCCCCUGCCCUCCUGAAGUGGCGUCCAUAUAGGCGUGCCAUAGAUUUAAUGCAGUGCCUUAAGUAAGAACAAUAAAAAAAUAAAAUAAAAGGAUUAAAAAAAAAAAAGAAAAACUAGAAAAGCGUAUUGUAUGGAAUGAUUGAAUUUCUUAUCCCAUCUUACACCGUGCCUAUUCUGUCACAGUGGCUGCCGUUUGGGCUGUUAUUACUGUUUUUUUUUUUUUUUUUUUCCCACCCCACUUGUACAAAACUACAAUGAAAAAAAAAAAGCACCUUGACUGGACCUAAAAAUCCCUCAUAGUUAGGGGGUUCCUUCAGGAGAAGAGUGACAAUGUGCAAGAUUGGUGGUAUAUGAUGCCAGCCAUGGGAAGGCGGUUUGGCCAGGGUUUCACUUGGCAGGCACAUCUGCAUCUCUUGUUGACUGUGAAAUGAGCUCCUAGCAACUCUGGAAUGUGGUCACAAAUAUUACACGGCAUGCCAGAAGGCUGUAAUGGAUACACCUGUAAAUAGAGCACUGUUCUUGAAGCCAGUGAGCCUUUCCCAAUCCAAAGCGUAAGAUGUGUUGUGACUGAAACUUGUAGUGCUGAAGCCUUCUUCCCUAAACCAAAUGCUGCUUUCUUUUAAAUAAUCUACUACCAUGUGGACCCACAGCUGUUAUGAAAAUUAAAAAAACAAAAAUCUGCCCCAUGCAAAGGGUCCAUAACGAUAGAUGGUAAAUGGACUUAUUUCAUUUAUAUAGAUGGUAUGUAUUUAUUGCUGAGUGGAUACUACCCAAGAGAUUGGAGGAAAAGUGAUCAAUAUUUACCUUAACAAGCUAUCAUUCCUGCCCUACCUACUGUGUGGUCACUGUCUAAGACAUUGUUUCACAAAUGUAUCCAGACAUUCUUCAGAUUGCUUUAAUGAUGCUUGCUUUUAUAGCACAACUUCUUGUUCUAGGGUUUGUUGGUGAGAAGUAAUUUGUAAUAUUUCUAUAAGCUGUCCUUUUGCUGAGAAGUAAAUUCCUCCUGGAGGAAAGUUCACAGUAAGUAACUGACAAUCCCCUUUAAUAACAGGCUUCGUAGUCAUGCUAGCUUUACAGUGAAAGUUGAUGUCUUCGCCUUAUCUGCAAUCACUUUGACAGCUAGAGAACAAAAUAUGUCCUUGUUAAUCAGAGCACACAGUACCUAUCUAGAUGAUUUGAAACAUAAUGCAUACUCUUCUCUGAUGAAGAAAGCACAGUCAUAAAGUUUUUCCUCUGUUUACGGACAAUGUUUUAAAUCCAGCAGCACAUUACUCUGAUUGAAGUUGAUAACGAUACAGAUAUUUUAAUCUGAUGUUUCCAUGUGUUACCUUAAUAUGUUGUCCUGGUUUAACUUCUGCAGUUUCUGUUUCUUCAUUUUCCUCGCCCUACUUGUUGUUGCACAUGAAUCUCUUCUCCUGACCUAGUGUGCUUCGGUCAUAGCCAUGGACAGAGCUAGAGAUUGCUGCAUGACAAUGGUGGAGGCCCGUCCUCGUGUAAGUCCUGAGCACUGCCCAGUUAGCUGUAAGUUUUGGUUUUUUGGGGGGGGGGGAGGGGGGAAUAUUUAAGGGAAUCCUUGUGACUGAUUGGCCAUGAAAGAUAUUCCCAUGUUUGGCGGUAGAGACGGGUGCCUGUGUUUCAAGCUUAUGGCAGACAAUUUUUUAAAAAAUUUUAGAAUUGUAUGUCCUUGUGGCCUUUAAGAUCACUUUUGUAAAAAAUAAAAAAAUGCAGCUUUCUGGUUUACUUUCUAUUGUAUUGUAUGGCUAAGUAAAUUUAUAAAUAAAUCCUAACUAGGCUGCAGCAGAAACUGGGGUGUACUGUAUGUCAGCGGCUUCUACGGAAGCCACAGUUGAAAGAAUCCUAAUUGCUGCUACUAAGGAAAUGGAUCAGUGGGUAAAUUAUCUUGGGUGGGAUGGGGUUCUGGGAGAGGGUGUGCGAUGGGGGCUCCUCCAUGUCAUUGGUGCUCCCGUGUAUGUGGCGCCGUUCAGUCAGGCCAUCACAAGUCGACACACCAACUUCUGGUGACGUGAUGCAAUUGUUAAUGUCAGUCACAAGGGUUGUUUGAAUAAGAUUUUUUUUUCCUUUUAUAAAUUUAAAAAUCCUGGCUGAGGGUAUUAUUUUUUAAUUGUAGUAGUUUGGAUGUAUUUUGUAUUUUUGUUUUAAUUUUUAUUUUUUACAAAGCUGUUCUGAAUCAAACCACUUUCAGCCUGGAGGACAAUGAGCAGUCUUGUGGGAUUUUUUUUUAUUAUUUGGUUUUGUUACCACCUAUACAGUAAAUUUGUAUUUUGUACUUGUCAGAAUGUCAAAUAAAAUGGUGUAAAAAGUCA